AUCGAUUGCAAAUGGUUUCGUUGCGAUUUGUUUGCAGCAUGACUUCCAGGUUGCAACCACAUAAAAAACAAACAAUUCCCAUGUUUCGCCUAACUUUCGAGGUAUCGCAUACAUCAUGAUAAAAAAAAACCAUUUUUAUCACCCCCCAAAAAAAGAUAAGACCCUAAUGUGAAUUUCCGUUAUCGAUGAUUGUAUAGGUUAUGUACAGAUAGAAAAUGAAGUAUAGACUAUGUGCUUUUAACACCUUGCGAUAUAGAUUAGGAUUUUUGGCUAGCUUACUAGUAGAGUUCAAUCCAUCGUCGUGUCCACAUCUGCAGGGCUAAUUGAUUUCGGUUGAAAAUCUUCUCUGUAAAAUGGGUCAACGCGUUUCGCGAACCGACUUCGAGUGGGUAUACGAUGAUCAACCGCACAUUGGGCGUCGCGACGCUAUGCUGAAGAAGUAUCCCGAGAUCAAGAAGUUGUAUGGAGUGGAUCCACGUUUCAAGUAUAUCGUAUCCGGGAUGGUGCUGACGCAGAUUUUGAUGCUGUAUGUCAUGCAGGACCAAUCGUGGAAAAUGAUACUGCUUGUGGCGUACUGUUUCGGGGGAGUGAUUAAUCAUUCUUUGAUGUUGGCCAAUCAUGAAAUUUCGCACAACAUGGCGUUUGGCUACGGGCGACCGUUGGCCAAUCGAUACUUUGGUAUGUGGUGCAAUUUGCCGAUUGGUUUUCCGAUGUCGGUAUCUUUUAAAAAAUAUCACACCUUGCAUCACCGGUUUUUGGCCAAUGAACGGUACGAUCCGGAUGUACCGAGCAUUCUGGAAGCCAAACUAUUCUGCAACACCUUCGGGAAGUUCAUUUGGCUAAUCCUUCAACCGCUUUUCUACGCGAUCAGGCCACUGUUCGUGAAUCCGUUACCGGUUGAGAGGCUGGAAGUGAUCAACACCAUUGUGCAGCUGGUUUUCAACGCAUUGGUUGUUCAGUUCUUCGGAUGGCGAAUGUUGGCCUACCUCAUGCUUGGAUCGUUCUUGGCGAUGGGAGUACAUCCGGUGGCCGGCCAUUUCAUAGCUGAGCAUUACAUGUACGCCAAAGGAUUCGAAACUUACUCCUAUUAUGGGCCAUUCAAUUGGAUAACCUUCAAUGUCGGCUAUCAUAAUGAACAUCACGAUUUCCCGAACAUUCCCGGCAGUCGGCUACCCGAGUUGAGGAAAAUUGCGCCUGAAUUCUACGAAACUAUGCCGCACCACACAUCAUGGGUGCGCGUGAUGUAUGAUUUCGUGAUGGAUCCCGCCAUUGGACCGUACGCGCGUAUCAAGCGUCGCCAGCUGGAAAGGGCCGGCUAGAAUGCACUGGGUAUUAAGGUACACUCGGGUCGCAUGACUCAACGAUCCGAGACAUGCGGUGAACGUUAAGGUGAAAAUAACUAGACAGUACGAAGAGAGAUAAGCGAUUGAUUUCGAAUCGAACUGAUAAGACCCGUUAGCCGAGUGUAAGAAGGUCUGUCUUUCGCUAUGUUUUACGUGCCAUCGGUCGUCAAUUUUAUUAAAUAAUAAUCCUUGUGUGGUUUUUGCCAAAAUUUGUUUAUCAAUAAAUUUGAUGACUCAAACUCAGUGACUCCCGGUGAAUGAUUUCAGUUAAGCGUAUUGAGAGUGGAAAAAAGAUAUAUUUUAUUAUUUAUUUGGAAUGUUUCAAGCAUAUUUCUGAUUUUUAUCAUUAAUAUUCUUAUUAUGAAGAACUAAAAAUGAGAUUUUUUUGCCGAGUUCAGUGAAUUGAUGAUUGGAUAGUGAAGUUUGAAUAAUAUUGCGAAGGCUUAGUUUAUACCUCUAAUUAAACACAAGAAUAACGU